AGGGGGAGAUAAGAGGAGGAGGAGGAGGAGGGGAAGAGAGUAACAAGUUUAAAGUUGACAGAAAAGGAUUAACUCUCGAUUCUUCUGGCCUGAGGCGGAAGGGCGAUACGGAGGCCACGAUGCAUUACUACCGCUAUGAGAGUGCAGAGGUCAGCUGCUGCUUCAAGUACCUCAUGUUCAGCUACAACAUCAUCUUCUGGCUGGCCGGCGCCGCCUUCAUCGCCAUCGGAUUCUGGGCCUGGAGCGAGAAGGGCGUGCUGCUUGACCUCACCCAGGUGACCCGGAUGCACGGGCUGGACCCGGUGUGGAUGGUGCUGGUGGUGGGGGCCAUCACCUUCAUCCUGGGCUUCGCCGGCUGCGUGGGCGCGCUCCGGGAGAACAUCUGCCUGCUCAAGUUUUUCUCAGGGCUGAUCGGGUUCAUCUUCUUCCUGGAGCUGACGGCGGCCGUGCUGGUGGUGGUGUUCCAGGGCCAGGUUCGCGACUGGAUCAACGACUUCUUCCUGAACAACAUCAAGGCGUAUCGCGACGACAUCGACCUGCAGAACCUCAUCGACUCCCUGCAGAGGCUGAACCACUGCUGCGGGGCCCAGGAGCCCAACGACUGGGACCGCAACGUCUACUUCAGCUGCAACGGGACGCACCGCAGCCGGGAGAAGUGUGGGGUCCCCUUCUCCUGCUGCAGGAAGGACCCCGCGGACACAGUGAUCAACACGCAGUGUGGCUACGACGUCAGAUUAAAGUCUCAGGACGACUGGAUGGAUAUCUACACCAAGGGCUGCAUCCCAGCUUUGGAGGACUGGUUGCCAGGCAACAUGUACACAGUGGCCAUCGUCUUCAUCGUCAUCUCCCUGCUACAGAUGGUGGGGAUCUACCUAGCGCGGACGCUGAUCGCCGACAUUGAGAAGGUCAAGUUCAACUUCCACUGAUGCGGCGGCUAGGGGGGGAGCAGAGCCAGACGGGCCUUCUGGUUCCUCUGGAGAACCUCCCCAUGCCUUCUGAGGUUCCCCUCCAUGGCUCCCCAUGCCUUCUGGUUCCUCUGGAGAACCUCCCCAUGCCUUCUGGUUCCUCUGGAGAACCUCCCCAUGCCUUCUGAUGUUCUCCUCCAUGGCUUCAGGCCUUAGAACACACCUCCCUCCCUAGGGUAGUGCCCUGUCCCCCUCUCAGACCAGGUUCCUCUGUAGGGUGGUCCCCUGUCCCAGACUAGGUUCCCCUGGAGAUGAUCCUCUAGAGGAGCUGGCCUCGGGCCGGGUGGUGGAGCAGCGCAGCUGACCCACUGAUCAGGAGAACAGAAACCCAUCCUCGUUACAUUCAAAGAGCCACAAAUGGGACCCCAGCGCCAUCUCUGGUGAAACCACGUUUUACAAGCAGCUGUCUGUGAUCUGCUCAGAGUGGAGCCAAUCACAAACAGCUUGAGUAACUUGUAGCGCUGUCCAACCGAUUAGGGCCUGUCAUACAACCGAAGCCAUGGCAACCAACUGUCGAAUCAGCAUUCAGGCAUCCCUUAACAUACAGAACUUUCUCAGGUCCAAACCAUUCCUAAGAAAAGUUAAUUUGCUCUACUUCCAACAGACAAAUCAUUUUUUUACGUUAAUGUCUAAUCAAUAUUUGGCUACAUGGUUGUUAGAAUUUAAUUGCGCUCUAUCGUUUUGUAAAUAAAGAUUGAAAGUUUUGACACUGGGAUGCUGGUUGCUAAGAAACCAGCUGCUUAUCUUUACGCCAGGCGCAUAUUAUUGUGUUCAUGUUUUUUUAAAUUAUAUUUCAUCUUCUCUGUCCCAGUGCGUCCUUGAGAAGACGAUUGUAGCCUGAGAUCAAAGCCUUCGUUGCUCUGAUCCUGUUGAGAGAACUUCCAAAUAAACACUUCUCAUGUGAAGCUUUGCACAAAUUCAGCCUCUCACAUCCUGGUGGAGGAGAUGGACGCCUUAACCCCCUCACAUCCGCAAUUCUGUUUACAUACUCUGAACAGAUCAGAACAUUCACACUUUCAAAUUCUAACUAAUAUUCACCACUGCCAAUAAAUACUGUAUGUUUAGUUGAUUUCAUGAAGGCAACAUUGUCCCAUUAUUAAAAGGGAUUUUUUUUGUAAAUAUGUUUUUUGAAAACAUUUUUUAAAUUGUAUGCUUGAAUUGUCUGCUUUGUUGAAUGGUCGUUUUUUUUACACACUGAUAUACAAUAAAGCCUAAAAUACAUCCUUGACUGA